GACGUUCCUUCAACAACAACAGCUGGUCAGACACCUCGGUAGCUUUCUAGACAAAAUAGUCGUUGUUUAGUUGCACCUGUGUUUUAAAAAUGCGUAUGUCUUAUUGCUAGCUAGUUUCCCCAUUUGAUUUCAUGUAUACGGUGUUAGGUAGCUGGCUUGAUAAAUGAGCUUAUCAAUAGGCUAAUGAACGCUAGCUAGCUAACAUCUCCGACCAUGAGUUCACUGAGCUGCUCUCCUCCUGAUAAAGAAGAGGAGGUCUGCUGGACGGAGAAAGAAGAUCUGGUGAAAGAGGAAGAGGAAGAGGAGGCUGUUACAAUACAAAAACAAGUAGAUGGUGAGUCUGUUACCAUGAAAGAAGAAGAGAAAGACGUCUCAGUGAAAGAAGAGGAAGACGCGUUCAGAGUGAAAGAGGAAGAGGAUGUUACAGUAAAAGAAGAGGAAGAGAAAGAGGAGGAUGCAGUUUUUGGAGUGAAAGAGGAGGAGGAGGAGAUGACUGUCACAUUGAAAGAGGAUGAGACAGGAGAUCUGAUUAAGACCCGAGAGAGACCAGACUCUCACUCUGACAGCGGGAAGAGUCCUUCAGGGGAACCAGACCCAGAGACGCCCAAACCAGCCAAACGACAUCACUGCUCGCACUGCGGAAAGAGUUUUACUAAGUUACGAAACCUAAAAGAGCAUGAGAGGACACACACAGGAGAAAAGCCUUUCCAAUGCUUCCAGUGUGGAAACAGUUUUAGUCAGUUAGGGAGCCUGAAAAUACACAAGAGAAUACACUCUGGAGAGAAGCCUUACCACUGCUCCCAUUGUGGCUUGACUUUUACCUGGUUAGGGAGCCUGAAGUCACACGAGAGAAUACACACAGGAGAAAAGCCCUACCACUGUUCCCACUGUGGAAAGAGUUUUAGGUGGUUAGAAGGCCUGACAAAGCAUGAGAGGACACACACAGGAGAAAAGCCCUACCAAUGCUCCCACUGUGGAAAGAGUUUUACUCAGUUGGGGAACCUGAAAUCACAUCAGAGGAUACAUACACCGGAGGAGAAGACAUACCACUGCUCUCAGUGUGGAAAGACAUUUUCCCAGUUAGAGGACCUGAAAACACAUGAGAGAAUAGAGAGGCUGUGUUCUGACUUGUGUUUUUGACCUGAGAAUUUUGUGUUUUUGGUGAAAUCCUAUUGUUUAUAUGAAAUCAUUAACAAAAUAGACCUACUUUUGUUUAAAUUUUCAUCUGGAGACCUGAUCAUGUCUAAAAUCAAAUCAAAAUAUUUUAAAAUAUGUAUACACAAAAAAAUCUUAUUAGCUUCGAUUGAUUGGAUGCAAAAUGUAAACCCUAUGAUGUUGUUUAUUAUAUUAUUUGCAAAAUGUAAAUGAUUAUAUCAGUAAGUAGCCUUCCAGAACAGCUCCUAGAAACAGGAGCCUUGUCUUGUCUGAUCCAGAACAGCUCCUAGAAGCAGGAGCCUUGUCUUGUCUGAUCCAGAACAGCUCCUAGAAACAGGAGCCUUGUCUUGUAUGACCCAGAACAGCUCCUAGUAACAGGAGCCUUGUCUUGUCUGAUCCAGAACAGCUCCUAGAAACAGGAGCCUUGUCUUGUCUGAUCCAGAACAAAUCAAAGUUUAUUUGUCACGGGAGGUAAUACAACAGGUGUAGUCGACCUCACAGUGAAAUGCUGAAUACGACAGGUGUAGUAGACCUUACAGUGAAAUGCUGAAUACAACAGGUGUAGUAGACCUUACAGUGAAAUGCUGAAUACAACAGGUGUAGUAGACCUUACAGUGAAAUGCUGAAUACAACAGGUGUAGUAGACCUUACAGUGAAAUGCCGAAUACAACAGGUGUAGUAGACCUCACAGUGAAAUGCUGAAUACAACAGGUGUAGUCGACCUCACAGUGAAAUGCUGAAUACAACAGGUGUAGUAGACCUUACAGUGAAAUGCUGAAUACAACAGGUGUAGUAGACCUCACAGUGAAAUGCUUACUUACAGGCUCUAACCAACAGUGUGAUUAAGUAAAAAAUUGGUAUUAGGUGAACAAUAGGGUUAGAGGGCACUGGUUAGUCGGGCUAAUUGGGGUAGUAUGUAUAGUUAAAGGGGCACUGGUUAGUCGGGCUAAUUGGGGUAGUAUGUAUAGUUAAAGGGACACUGGUUAGUCGGGCUAAUUGGGGUAGUAUGUAUAGUUAAAGGGCACUGGUUAGUCGGGCUAAUUGGGGUAGUAUGUAUAGUUAAAGGGACACUGGUUAGUCGGGCUAAUUGGGGUAGUAUGUAUAGUUAAAGGGACACUGGUUAGUCAGGCUAAUUGGGGUAGUAUGUAUAGUUAAAGGGACACUGGUUAGUCGGGCUAAUUGGGGUAGUAUGUAUAGUUAAAGGGACACUGGUUAGUCAGGCUAGUUGAGGUAGUAUGUAUAGUUAAAGGGGCACUGGUUAGUCGGGCUAGUUGAGGUAGUAUGUAUAGUUAAAGGGGCACUGGUUAGUCGGGCUAAUUGGGGUAGUAUGUAUAGUUAAAGGGGCACUGGUUAGUCGGGCUAAUUGGGGUAGUAUGUAUAGUUAAAGGGACACUGGUUAGUCGGGCUAAUUGAGGUAGUAUGUAUAGUGAAAGGGCACUGGUUAGUCGGGCUGAUUGGGGUAGUAUGUAUAGUUAAAGGACACUGGUUAGUCAGGCUAAUUGGGGUAGUGUGUAUAGUUAAAGGGCACUGGUUAGUCAGGCUAAUUGGGGUAGUAUGUAUAGUUAAAGGGGCACUGGUUAGUCGGGCUGAUUGGGGUAGUAUGUAUAGUUAAAGGGACACUGGUUAGUCGGGCUAGUUGAGGUAGUAUGUAUAGUGAAAGGGGCACUGGUUAGUCGGGCUAAUUGGGGUAGUAUGUAUAGUUAAAGGGCACUGGUUAGUAGGGCUAAUUGGGGUAGUAUGUAUAGUUAAAGGGACACUGGUUAGUCGGGCUGAUUGAGGUAGUAUGUAUAGUGAAAGGGACACUGGUUAGUUCGGGCUAAUUGGGGUAGUAUGUAUAGUUAAAGGGACACUGGUUAGUCAGGCUGAUUGGGGUAGUAUGUAUAG